AUGGAAGACCGUGUCCCAAAGCCUGCGUCUUUCUCUUCGAGCGGAAGCCACCUCACCGUACCAGGUCUCGAUUUGAGCAGCAUCCCACCCAUUGGCACUCUUGGUGCCCACUUCAAGGGCGAUGAAGAGGACAAGGUCAAAGCAACGUUGCGCCGUCACGGUGCGCAGCUGACCGCCGAUGUCUCGAAGCUGAAAGUGUUUAUUGGAAAGGUUGGUUCGCGGCGGCGGGCAGAAUUUGAGUUGAGGUCUCGAAAGUUCGAGGUGGAGGAAGUGGUUGAGUCAAAGCGAGCGGCGAGUCCGGUCAAGCAGGACACCACACGGAAAAGAGCAAGAAUUUCAGGUACGACUACUGAGCCUAUCGUCGUUAAGGAUGAGGGCUCGACUACCGAAGAGGAAGAUGAGGGGUCUGAAACCGAGGAUGAAGCGCCGGAUAGAAUACGAGAUACUCCACGGACUUCGCCAGUCAUACCGGACGAGGACCCCACAUUACAACCUACAGUCUUCAACAAUGCGUCCAACGAUGACAUCCUUUGGGUGGCCAGAGUCGAAUGGCUUGAUGAAUGUCUUUCUGCAGGGCGUUUGGUCCCACUUGGAGAAAACUUGGUUUACAAGUGCAAGAUUAAGAAGCGGCCCCCAGCAACGUUAGACACCGGUUACAGCGCGAUCAAAGCCAACUACACAUCUCUGCUGAAACCAGCGUCUCAGACCCACUUGGCAGCGCGUCCUCGAGCAUCGCCACACAUUCUAGACCGCGCAAAGGAAGACGCCACGACCACGACCACUAAGCGACCGUACAAUCCUCUCAGUGAUGGCCAUGGCUCCCGUAGAUUUGACGGCAAAUCCUACGCCUCUAGCUCCACCAAACCUACCUUCGCCCACCAAACAGCACAUCUACUCCAACAAACAACCAGCGACUACGAGGGCGAAGACAGCGACAUUCCGCCGCCCCCUGACUGGGUCACGCACGGCAUUAAGUACGCCUGCCAGCGCUUUACCCCAGCUGAUCCCCCAAACCAAGACUUUAUCGAUCAGCUCAAGAAGAUCCGCACCGCAAGAACACUAAUUGACGACGAAAUAGGCGUCCGCGCCUACUCGUCCAUCAUCGCCUCCAUCGCCGCCUAUCCCUACAAACUGCGUCAUCCGCGCGAACUCGCGCGUCUUCCCAGCUGCGACGAGAAAACCGCCGUGCUUUUUGUAGAAUGGAAAAACAUGGGGAGAAUCCAAGCCGUAGAAGACUACGAAAACGAUGAAGCCAUGAAAGUCCUGCGCUCCUUCUACGACAUUUGGGGCGUGGGCGCGAAAACAGCACGGAAUUUCUACUACAAUAAGGGAUGGCUAGAUCUAGACGACAUCAUCGAGUACGGCUGGAACGAGCUCGACCGCGUCCAGCAGAUAGGCGUAAAGUACUACGAUGAGUUCCUCUCCGGCAUCCCGCGGGCUGAAGUCGAAUCCAUCGCGGACAUAGUCCGCCAGCACGCUAUGAAGCUCCGCGACGAGCACAUCAGCGUGACAAUCGUGGGCGGGUAUCGCAGAGGCAAGUCCGCCUCCGGCGACGUGGAUAUGAUCGUCUCCCAUCCCGAUUUAUCCGCGACCGCACACCUCGUCCGUGACAUCGUCGAGUCCCUCGAAGAGGAGGAGUGGAUCACACAUACCCUCACCAUGUCACUUCACAAUACUUCGCGGGGCCAGACGACGCUCCCUUUCCGCACGACAAAAGCCUCAGGCGCAGGUUUCGAUACCCUCGAUAAAGCGCUCGUCGUGUGGCAGAAUCCCUCCUGGCCGACCCGCGAUGCCGACCUCGCCGCCAACCCCAAGGCCAAAAACCCUAAUAUUCACCGCAGAGUCGACAUCAUCAUCGCGCCGUGGCGCACCGUCGGGUGCGCGGUGAUGGGAUGGAGUGGGGGGACGACAUUUCAACGGGAUUUGAGACGAUACGCCAAGCAUCAGAAGGGAUGGAAGUUUGAUAGUAGUGGGAUACGCAGUCGGGAGACGGGGGAGGUCGUGAUGCUUGAGGGGGAGGAAGGGGUAGAUGGAACGCCGGAGGAGGCGGAGAAAAGGGUGUUUGAAGGGUUGGGGUUGGAGUAUGUACCGCCUGAGAUGAGGUGUACAAAUUGA